UUCUUCCCUCUUUUCAAAACGCUAAUAUCAUCUCUCUGAAUCUCGAUCAGUUUCAUUUCGCGCUUCCAAAACCCCCGAAUUCGAUUCUGAUUUCUGAUCCUUCAUCAUCAAAUCCUGUUAACCCUAGAAAAACACCUCGUAGGAGGAGCAGAAGAAGGUGAAGAAGGAAGAGGAAGACGAGGAGGAGGAAAUCUACUUCAAAAUCAAUUCGAACUUGAUCAGGUAGUGGGUGAGUAGCUGCUGUAGAGAAUGAGUCUGCAACAAGCUGGACACCCCAGGCCUACUGCGAAUGGGACUGGUCGUCGAAGAGGGGAACAGGAGACAGGGUUUCGGUCAGGAAGUAAUUUUCCUACUGAAAAGCCAAAUCAUGGAAUGGCCAUUGUUGGAGGUAUACUGAAUCGAAGCAGAGAAGGAGGAGUUCAAGGUCCUUCACGUGAUCGAUUGAUAUAUUUGGCAGCGUGUCUUAUCGGACAUCGCGUGGAGGUCCAAGUGAAAAAUGGAUCUAUAUUUUCUGGGAUACUUCAUGCAAUGAAUGCCGAAAAUGAUUUUGGAAUUGUCCUGAAAAUGGCUAAUUUAACGAAGGUUGGUUUGUCCAAAGGACAUAAGCCUGGUUCUGAUUCUAUUAGCAAGGCACCUUCAAAGACUUUGAUAGUACCUGCUAAAGAACUUGUGCAAGUCAUUGCAAAGGAUGUGUCGGUAACUGGCAGUGAAGUGAAAAAUGAUGGACAACUUGAAGGACGUCAGGACCUUAUGAUAGACUCCUACAUAUCUAAGUCUCAAUUUGUUGAUGCGGGGAGAGAGCUGGCACCCUGGGCACCUGAUGAAGAUGAUUUGCAGUGUCCUGAAUUGGACAACAUAUUUGAUGGCCCCUGGAAUAGUAGGAAAUGGGAUCAGUUUGAAACUAAUGAGGCAUUAUUUGGAGUUAAGAGUACCUUCGACGAGGAACUGUACACAACAAAACUUGACAGAGGCCCUCAAAUGAGAGAGCGAGAAAGAGAAGCUUCCAGAAUAGCUAGAGAGAUUGAGGGGGAGGAUACUAAAGAUAUGCAUUUAGCUGAGGAAAGAGGUCGUCACUUUGAUCUUGAUGUGGAUGAGGAGACCAGAUUCUCAUCAGUCUUGAGGACAGUGGACGAUAGUGGAUACGAUGAAGAUGAGGACAUUGUAUUAGAUACUCACAAUAUGGAGACCUUUGGUGAUUCUUCAGGUGCAGCAUCUAAAAGAUCCUUUUCUGAUGUGGCUAGAGGGAAGACAGACAAUCUUGGUCCAUCACCGAGCUCUUCGUCAGUGGCGGAUGAAGCACAUUCUCGCUUCAACGCUGGUCGGGACCAAUACUUCUCUGCUUCUGGUGAUCGUCCAAGACAAAUUGAUUGUGAGAGCACUCAGAGCAGGGUGAAUGAGAACAAAUUCAAAGAAUUAGAUGGUAGGAAGAACAGCGUAAAAGAGUCAGUGGAGAGAAAAUCUGUAAAUGAGGUUCAAGCACCAAACCUUGAGGGGUCAAGAAGAUCUCAGGUUACAACACAGCAUGUCCAUCCCCGAGGACGUUCAGGGAGUUCAGCGUCCUCUACUGCGGAAUCUGCACAAAGUGGGGCUUCCCCGACUAUGGCUCGUUCUGGUUUGUCACCUAGCUCAUCCAUGGGGUCAUUGUCUUCUGAGAAGUCAGCAUUAAAUCCUAACGCAAAGGAAUUUAAAUUUAAUCCUAAUGCAAAGAGUUUCACCCCGUCAGUAUCACCAGUACGACCUCCUUCUCCGGUACCUGAUGGUUCCUAUUAUUAUCCAAAUAAUGUUUCUCCGGUCCAACAUAUGCACGGAUUACCAGUUGGUGUUGGGAUGGGGGCAGCAUAUGGGGGACCGCAGCCUGUUAUGUACACUCCACAAGGGGGACCUAUACAACCGGCUCAGACAUUUUUGCAUCCCAAUGGACAGUUGUAUGGACAACAGAUGAUUGUUGGCCACCCUAGGCAAGUAUUGUACAUGCCAAACUAUCCUCCGGACAUGCCAUACAAGGGAAGAGAUUUCUAACUACACUGAAUAACUUACCUCACCUGGGAUUUCAUGGUUUCUGAGGCUGGUUGUUAACAACAGAGUUCUGAUACGAGAGAAGAAGAAAAAGGAGUCUGAAAAUAGACUUCGGGAGAAAGUGAAUCCCCCUUACGUUGCCCCUGCGGCUGCACCAGUGUUCUUACAAGAAGUCUUUUCAGGGCAACUAUCUGGAGUCAGGGAAAGCGGGAAUUUGAAUGUCAGCACUUGGCGAUUUUAUUCCUCCAUAUCAUGGUCUAAGUGCACAUCUUUUUUCAUUUCUUGUUUUUUUCUUGGCGUCCUCAGUAGUCCUCGGUAGAUUUGGAUCUCAAUAUAUAUAUAGGUUUUUGUUUGGUUUGGUUUGUUUUUUCCUGAGAGAAAAUAAUUAGUAAAAAAAAAAUAAUUCAACUAGACAAGCAUAUUAUACUCAAAAACUAGGUGGCUAGGACUUGAACCAAGAAACAAUACAUACUAUUAUUAUGCUAGACUCAGCAUUUAAAGGUUGUGCAA